AAUUCCUGGUAGUCCUGGCUGUAGAUGUUCAUGUCGCCUGUUUUUAUAUGAACGGUAUUCCCUUUCUUAUUUCUCCUUUUCGUGCUGAGGCUCUACCGACUUUAAUCUGCAUGAAUCUGGUGAAACAUCCGUUAGUUAGCGGAGUGUUUCAGCUGUGUGUGUCCUACUCUUAGUUUUGACAUGCCGUUAUCAGGUUUGUUCAGGGCUCAGUGGAUUUGAUGCCCUCAGCUCUAUCAUGGAGUUCCCAGAUUUGACCACACGAACAAAUGGGCGGCAGCGGAAGCCGGCAGGCGCCACCUUCCCACCUGGACACAUGAGGGACACGGACAAGGGGGACACCAGCUCUUCUGAGCCAGAGAUGGGAAACGAAGCAGAUGGCCUCAUCAGGAGUUGGGACUCUGAGGACAGGAGCCAUCUCAGACUCCGUCCCGGGAUCCGAGGUGAACUGGGGAAUGUGUCGCUCCUUUUGUUCCUCUAUGUGCUGCAGGGGAUUCCUCUUGGACUGGCUGGCAGCAUCCCUUUGAUUUUACAGGGCAAGAACGUCAGCUACAAAGACCAGGCAUUCUUCAGCUUCGUCUUUUGGCCUUUUAGUCUGAAGCUUUUCUGGGCACCGCUGGUUGAUGCUCUAUACUUCAGCAGGUUUGGUAGGAGGAAGUCAUGGCUGGUUCCAACUCAGUACCUCCUGGGCCUCUUCAUGCUUUACCUCUCCCUAACGGUGGACUCACUGCUGCAGAGCGACAGAGGACCGGACGUGUUAACUCUCACUGCCGUCUUCUUCAUGCUUGCCUUCCUGGCAGCCACACAGGAUAUAGCUGUGGAUGGCUGGGCUCUGACCAUGUUAUCCAGGGAAAAUGUGGGCUAUGCCUCUACGUGCAACUCUGUAGGCCAGACAGCGGGCUACUUCCUGGGGAACGUGCUCUUCUUGGCUCUGGAAUCAGCAGAAUUUUGCAACAAAUACCUCAGAACUGAGCCCAAAUACACAGGCCUCAUCACCCUGCCAGACUUCUUAUUUUUCUGGGGAGUGGUGUUCCUAGUUUCCACCACUCUGGUGGCCAUCUUUAAAAGGGAAAACGGGCCCACCAGCGGGAGGAGGAAUGCCCCAGAAGAGACGAAGGGUGUCAUGGAAACCUACAAGUUGUUGUUCACUAUUGUCAAGAUGCCGACAGUCUUCACCUUCUGUGUCCUGCUGCUCACCGCUAAAAUCGGUUUCUCCGCAGCAGAUGCAGUUACAGGUCUGAAGCUGGUGGAGGCUGGGGUUCCCAAAGCACAACUGGCACUGCUGGCCGUGCCCAUGGUUCCUCUGCAGAUCCUUCUACCUGUGGUCAUCAGCAAAUACACAGCAGGUCCUCGACCUCUGGACGUCUUCUACAGAGCAUUCCCAUUUAGGUUGGUAAUAGGCCUGGAGUAUGCUCUGCUGGUGUGGUGGACCCCCAGUGUGAAACAGGAUGGAGGAUUCCCAGUGUACUACUACUCCAUAGUGCUCCUCAGUUAUGCAUUACAUCAGGUGGCGCUGUACAGCAUGUAUGUGGCCUGCAUGGCCUUCCAUGCCAGAGUGAGUGACCCCUUGAUCGGUGGGACCUACAUGACGCUGCUGAACACGGUCACUAACCUGGGAGGGAACUGGCCCUCCACUGUGGCUCUGUGGAUGGUUGACCCCCUGACCUCUAAGGAAUGUCAGGGGGCCGCCAGCCAGAGCUGUGGCUCCCCAGCAGAGGCCGGGCUGUGCGUAAAGGAAGGAGGCGUUUGUGUCACGACCCUGGACGGCUACUACGUGGAGUCUGUUGUUUGCGUCGUGAUCGGCCUGAUGUGGUGGGUGUGGCUAGGGAAGAAAAUGAGGCAGCUGCAGGAGCAGAGCCCAGCGGCGUGGAGAUGUAGAGUGAACCAGUGACGUCACUCCGCCCUUACACCAGACACUGGAUAGUGUGCUGCACCUUCACCUGCUUCCCAGCAGCGAAACGCUGGCAUCGCUGCAACUCCUCCUGUCUCUCUGAUCUGGGUCCUGCUGCUACACCCUCACACACCUCAGUCUGAAGGACACACACAUGAAGAACCUCGGUCUUCUUCUCGGGAAUUAAAAAGAAAUCCCUGUAUUCAUUAUUCGGACAGUGUGAGGCUGGUUUAGCUAAACAUAACGGAUGUCCACUGUAAAUGUUGACUUUUAUCUUUUGAAACGUUUUGCUGCCUGAAUUUUUUAAUCGAACCAAGGCUGGUUCAGGUAACGUUUCCUUUUUCUGUCCCACUUUCCUUCAAAAUGUACUUUAGUACAUAAUGAGUACUUCUACACACACACAAGACGCCCUAAUUCCAGAAACCUAAAUUUAGAUGUUAGGAUGGGUUUUUUCUAUGGGACCAUAGAUGAGUCUGCUCCAGGACUCAUGUCCUAAAGUCUUUAUUUACGCUUUUUCUUCUCAGAACUAUGUUUCUCUGUUUUCCACUUACGCCACAUGAUUGUUGUUAGUAAAUGUGUUAAACGUUCACUAAACUGCAUCAGAUGUAGAUUAGCUGGACAACCAGCUGGAAAACCCCCAAACUUAAAGAUGUUUAUCGAGAUGCCUCCUGACUUUAAUUUGAUGCUCUUAGUUUUUUCUUCUUUAUGUUUGGUGCAAACAGCUUUUACUGCACUUGACUAAAAACCCAGUUUUUUCCCCAUCUUGCCUCCUGGAAAGGCAGCUUUGGUUCCUGAAAUAUACAAUUAUAAACAAUAUUCACCUGAUGAUCAGCUGAUCUGAACUGUGAAUGUUCCAUUGUAAAGCAACAAUAGGAAAAUAAAAUAUUUUCCUCUCCGUGAACUUUAGUCCCUAAAACUUAAUUUUCUUAUCAGAAACUGAACGAUUGUUGAUCACAGCUGAUUGAGAUCAAUCAAAACCAUAAUUGGUGCAUGUUUAAAUUCAGAUCUACUCUGGAUGUUCAUUCAUCAACUUUCCUUCCUGGAUUAUUGUUUAUGUUUAUUCAUUUAGCAGACGCUGUUAUCCAAAGCGACUUACAAUUUAUAACCUAUAGGGCAUGUUGUGAUCUGUGGGGGGAAACCGGAGUACCCGGAGGAAACCCACGCCUGCACGGGGAGAACAUGCAACUCCACACAGAAAGGCUGCAGCAGAGUUUCGAACCUGCGACCUUCGUGCUGCGAGGCCACAGUGCUAACCACUGCGCCACCAUGCAUUGUAAAUAAAUUGUAUAAUCCAAAUGUGACACAAAAAUACCCCCCAUAAGUGGAACCAGCAUCAUAAUGCAGACCUCAGGCCUUUAAUCACUGCUCAACUCUCAUCCUAACUUUUAUUUUUAAACAUCUUUCUGCUGAUUUAAUUGGGGCCCUUUCUUAUAUCCUAGUCGCUGAGGAGGAGCUCAAACCCAUGAAGUUGUGCUGAUUAAUGUUCCGCGUAUAACUCAAUAUAUCACUGUAGUAAAAUCAAUUAACCAAACUCCUUAAUGGACAUAAUUAGCACUUUUUGACAUAAGGCAGCUCUCACGAGUGGUUGGACAAACGGAGCUAUCUGAAUUAUGUUGCCUUGCUGAAGAAAACCUGCGUAAACAUGACUUCUUUUCCUGGCUAUGAAACGUCAAAAUUCUGAUUAUAACUAGCUUCUCUGGCAGAGCAUCACUCUCUAAAUCAUCGCUGGUGCAUAACCAGAUGUGCCGAACAUCUGUUUAUAUUAGAUUAUCAUCUAUAGAUUAGCACCAGCAUCCAGGAUGAACUGGCAGCUGCACAUUUAAUCAGCUUCUAGAACAUCUAGAGAACAUGUAUUCCACUUCCUGUUGCUUAUGACUGAUGAGUAUAUUGGACACAUUGAGGUUGAUGGUAAGAAACACUGACUUUAGUGUCCUUUUAAGUAAUUCAGAUCUGAAUUAUCAAUGAUGGAUUCCUUGGCUAGCGUUUUCUGCCACAUCUUAAAUAAGUCUUUUUUUCUCCACGUCCAGCUGUGACUGUAAAAGUGCACAAUCAUUGUUUUUUCUGCUUGCUCACCAAACAGGUGAAUUAUUGUUCUGAUUAUUUAAGGCCGUGCAUUGAUCUCCAUGUAAAAGCUUCAUCCUAAGAGCCUUCUGAGGCCCCAAUGGAUUUUGUUACGUCUUAAGUGAUGGGUGGUUUAAUUACAUUAGAUCAGGGAGAAUUGUGUUUGAAAUUUGUCAAGUUUGUUUUCUUACAUUUAACUUUUUUUUAAAUUUGCAGAUUUUUUGUUUACAAACACUUAAUUCCCAUGAAACUCCAGGAAAACGGUGUGACUGUAAUGCAACAUGGAUAAUUUGUAAUUAAACUCUUAUGCACUUA